GCAGCAGUCUAUGCUUUGUUGAAAACAGUGAUGAAGCUGGAGAAUAUGUUUGAUGAUAAACAUCUGGUGUUUAGUAUACUUUCCCCCAAAGUGAGUUUGAUUAUUGAAUGCAUUGAAAGCCAGUUGAACAAGAGAGAACAAAACUUGGUGACAUGGUUUAGAACAGAACAACUUUCAAUUUUAACAAAGUAUUUCACCCCCUUAAUGGAAAGGUGGGCAUCAGAAUAUGGAAAAAGUUGUAUUGCAGUGACUGUUCUGGCCACCAGUUGUUGUGUCGCUCUUACAAAGUUAGGUGCUAAGCGUAUUUCUUGCCCUGCUUUCACCAAGUGCCUUCCAGACUUAACAAGGGAACUUAUGGAUGCAUUACAUGGUUCUUCUUCAAUAGGCAAAUUGCAUUGUUUAGCAACAAAUGCAGGAUUUGAAAAUGAAUUCUUGAGUCAUUUUGGUCCAAAAGUACUGCAUUGCGACACCAGGGGUGAGAUAAUGUUUUGGAUGAGAUUACUUGAAGUAAAGCUUGUAGCAGCAUUUGAUAGAGAAAGUGUCAUUACAAAUCUGCGGAGCUUUUGCGACACGCAGGUUUUAGCUAGGGAUCUGGCAGUUCUGGGACUGUUUGCAUUUUUAGGAAGGAAGACAAGAUUAUUCUUAUCCCAUUUGUAUAUCAAGGAUCUUGAUGAACCUGUCAAGGACUUCAUCUGCUACUUGGAAUGUGGUAUCCUUUUCUUGUAUCCAGAGUUAUCCUCCAUGUGUAUGUAUCAACUAUUUAUGGAGGUUGUGAGUGAGGAACUUGGAUGGCUCGACUUCUAUCCUGCACUGCCCUGCAUGAGGCAUCAGGAAAGAAAGCGGUCAAAACAACAUGCUUUGCAAGCAGAGAAAGAAAUAAUUCUAUCUACUGUUUUUGGCAUUUGCUCAGAUAUGUUUUCAAGCUUUUCCCACUACAGCAAGGAGACCCAAGCAUCUCUUGAUGCUAAGUUGGUGUUAUAUCUACAACGAAGCAAGAAUCUACUAGUUAUUUGUAUAGAAGAUUAUUGGGCUGCUUAUGAUAGAUUAUGUGGGUUGGGGAAAGCUACUCGAGUUCAAUUUCCAGAGCCAAUGACACAUCUAUGGGACAUUGGUACCAUAAGAAUGCGACACCGGUGUUGUGGGGAUCCAAUGACCAGGGAAAUCACUGAAAGCAACCCUCCAUAUGCUUCAGGUAUAAACAAGUCUAGCUGCUCCGAUAAGAUCCUCGACGAGCUUCAUGUUCCUGAAGCCAUGGAUGCGACAAUUAAUCAGAAUUUCUUUAUUAGAUCUAGCUACUCUCUGCUAGCUACAAUCUAUGAUAUAUGGAUGGGAACUCGGUUGCUCUUUUUAGAUCUACUGGUUUCAGUUGGUCUUAUCCAAAAGCAAAUUUUCGGAUGCAAACUUACUGAGAGGGAAAGAAAGAAGAUCACUGUGACAUUAACUGAUAUUGCCUGUGCUAUUCCUGUUGCAAUUCUGGCGCUUCUUCCAGUAACUGCUAUAGGCCAUGCAGCUAUUCUGACUGCGAUUAAGAGAUACAUCCCUCGCUU